AUGGAGGUCUUAGAUGGCAGUCCAUGGGAGAGACUGGACCAUCAGUUGUCUUUUAAUGAGCUGGCCAAGGCCAUCAAGUCUUUUGAAAUGAAGAUAGCUCCAGGAAGCAACACCUUACCAGCCAAGUUAUACUUUGUGGGACUUGAUUGUCCAGGAACUGCUGGAAGUAGCGACUGCCCCACGAGAUGUGUCUGCGACCCCUCCAAAUCGGUGCAAUGCUACAGAGUUACAACAGUGCCCAAAGCCAUCCCAUCCGAUACCAGGAAACUGCACCUCGGGCACAACAACAUCAAGCAGCUGCGGGCAUCAGAUUUUGGUGGACUUUAUGGCAUUGAAGAGCUUGCACUAUCUUCAUGUGGAAUGGAAGCAACGGAGGCACACACAUUUUCAACCCUGACAAAUCUGAGGACCUUAGAACUGUGGAAGAAUAAGUUAAGGAGUGUUCCUAGUAAGCUUCCCUCCAAUGUGGAAGUGUUGAAACUGGGUAAUAAUCGGAUUCAGGCAUUAUGUGAGACUGACUUUGAAGGUUUGGCAAAACUGAAAAUCCUUGACCUGCAAAAUAAUAAGAUCUCCAAAAUACAUUCUCGUGUUUUGUCAUCUGCUCUUAAACUGGAGAGUCUCAUUUUGGAUAGUAAUAGUCUUGAGCUACUGUCAGGACCAUUAAAACUUCCUUAUCUGAAACGUUUAAGCAUGCAAAAUAACAGGCUGUCUUCCCUACCUUCAAAUUUUUUCAGUUUUUUACCAUCCCUGCGCUUUCUUAGUUUGUCAGGAAAUAUGUUUUGCAAAAUCCCACAAAAAAUGCCACCUUUAUUGCGGUCCUUAAAGAUGGACAAAAAUUUGAUCAAUGAAUUGCAGCUACAAGACUUAAACUAUCUCAGUUAUCUCUUUGAACUCUCCCUGUCUGAAAAUCAACUUUCAACAGUGAAUGAUGCACUGGCUUUGACCAACUUAUCCAUAGUGGAUCUGUCUAAAAAUCAACUAAAAGCAGUUCCUUCUAGACUGCCAGCACAACUGCGAAUGUUGGAUUGCAGUCACAACUUCAUACAAAAAAUUUCACUGCAAGAAUUCUCCAGAUUGUGUGAACUGAAACAUUUGUUUCUGGAAUAUAACAACAUUACAUUUAUUGGCAUUGAUGCAUGGCAGCAGUGUUUGCAACUUUCAGACCUUGCACUGGAGCAAAACCAAUUGUCAUCCUUCCCAAAAGGGCUUCCUGAUACUCUUGUGAGACUAGAUCUGAAAGGAAAUAACAUUACAGACAUUUUCAAAGAGUCAGUUGAAAACUUGAAGCGACUGCGAGUUUUGAAUCUGCGUAAUAACAGGUUGUUAUCUCUCACCCCUGAUGUGUUUGGAUAUUUACCUCGACUGAGACAGCUUUACCUGGAUGGUAACCCCUGGAACUGCACAUGUGACCUCAUGAAAAUCAGAGUCUUAUUGACUGCAAGGCAAGUGGAGAUCAAAGGUGGCUACUGUGCAACUCCAGACUAUUACCAAGGUGAGACUUGGCUAUCUUCCACCAAGAUUCUAAACACCUGUGGAUAUAAUACUCUACUUGGUACAAAAGGAAAGGCACUUCUCAAAAUUGCUACAAAGACAGCACAGGAAGACGAUAGCUCAAAUGUUAAUGGUCCAGCUGACAAUGAAGAUUAUUAUGACUAUGAUGCAGACUGAAAACCAAUAACCAGUCUGACUUAAAAUCUG